AGCUCGGCUGGGAAUUACGUUAUUAUACGUCGAGCGCAUCGAGUCUCGGGCCAUGCUGCGCUCCUCGGGCGUAGCUGUCGCUUGCUUGCGCGUCGCGUGAACGCGUUUUACCUCUCGUGCCGUGCUGCGCGAUGCCUUUGGGAUCGCGGAUUACGCCCCUGUGAUCGAUUAUUAUCUGAGGAGGGAUCGGAGGUGUACAAGAUCGUGGAAGUGCCUGGAUCCGUUUGAAGAGGCAGUUAUGAAGAUUCGUCGCGGUCUGAUGAGGUUGAUGAGCGUUGGUGGACAGUAACACCAGGUAGAGAAAAAGAAAAAGAAAGAAACGGUGUGAACGGAUGGCGGGGAAUCCUCGAGCCGGAUCAAGCAACCAACCAUAACUUUGCAUCCGUCGUGUCGCAAGGCGCGGUCGUCUCAAGCUGAAGCAGCUACAUGCUAAAUAUAUACGGAGAUAGAAGAUAUGACGAGCGAUGGCGUGUGCGAAGGCACCGGUCCGAAUCUUGGUACAGCCGAAAAUGCCGGCGGGUUGAUAGGGCCGGAAAUGUCGCCAAGCGUGAUGGAGUGCGGCGGAUGCGGUGAACGCGUCCGCGAGCGCACUGUUCUUUGCGUCGGCGGUCGAACUUGGCACUCGAGGUGCUUGAGGUGCUGUGCUUGUGCCAGGCCGCUACAUGAUCAGCAUUCCUGCUUCUUGAAGGGCAUGAGACUCUACUGCAGGCAUGACUACGCUCUAACUUUUGGCGCAAAGUGUGCGAAGUGUGGUCGAAGCGUGGGUGCCGGGGAUUGGGUGAGAAGAGCCAGAGAAAGGGUUUACCACUUGGCGUGUUUUGCAUGCGACGCCUGCUCUCGUCAACUUUCCACUGGCGAACAGUUCGCCCUCUUGGACGCUAGAUUGCUUUGCAAAGCUCACUACCUGGAUGUAGUCGAAGGCAACAACACUUCUUCCGAUGAAGGCGGUGACUCGGAGAGUGGGCACAAGAGCGGUAACAAGGCGAAGAGAGUGAGAACCACGUUCACGGAGGAACAGCUCUCUGUUCUCCAAGCGAAUUUUCAACUGGACAGCAAUCCGGAUGGCCAAGACCUCGAGAGGAUAGCGCAUGUGACCGGACUCAGCAAAAGAGUUACGCAGGUUUGGUUCCAGAAUUCUAGGGCAAGGCAGAAGAAGCAUCUGCACACGGGCAAAAUGAAAGGGCAACACGUUCAUCAGUCACCGCCGAAUUCUACCACUUCCACAGGCGAUUUCAGUCGGCACAUCAAUUUACAUCUAACCUAUUCGUUUCAACAUCAACAGCAACACCAUCAUGGCCCCCAACCGCCGCAGCUGAGUCCAGCUACGUGCAAAAGUCCAACGCCAUCCCUCUAUCACAAUCAUGGUCUACUCUCUAUCGCAACACCGUCAACUCUGUCUUCAGGCUCGGAACAAUCGAUGGACGAACUGUCGCAAGACUCGAUGAUGUUGUCGAUGCCGAACGAGGUUUAAUCGCCGCUGGAUUAGCCGCAUAUUGUAAAUAUUCUUUGUUUAAUCUUAAGGUUUCUUUCCCACGUUCAUGAAUUAUUCUUGGUGAACGCGUUACUCAUUUCGACUUUAUUUCUUCCACCGACCAUAUAGAUAGAAUAUUAUUAUUAAUUAUUAUUAAUAUAGAGUAUUAUUGUUAUUCAUUAAAAUGUCGCGAUCGAAGCUUUGACUUUGAAAGGCACAAGCUUUUUCUCGAUAUUCGUUAAAAAAAAUUGGCCAAGUAACACAAACGAUCCUUGCCCAUAUUUGUCUUUUACCAAAGAAGCGAAAGAAUAUUAUAUAUCUUCUACUUUUGUCCAACAUAUUCCAAUUUUUUUUUAUUUUAUAAAAUAUUCAUCAUAUUAGAAAAUUGCUGUGAGUGUAUCCGUGAUUAAUGCGAAGA